UGGUGCGGUGCUACUGUGAUUCCAGUUGUUUUCACAUCCCCUCACUAACAAAGACGCUCAAAGCUGCUGUCUCUUACAUCUCCGGAUAAAUGUGGUGAGUGAUGCGCAACUAACGAUUGACGCUCCUGCACACUGAGGCGAGAACGAAAACGUUAAGCGCAGAAAUACACUUUGCCCUCAGGGAGAGAAGUCAGGGAAGAGUUUGAAGAGUUUCAGACGGACUUGAUUGAACGUAAAGAACGAAAAUGGUGUCGGCCGGACUGGAGAUCCUGGGACUAUCGCUGUGCGCAAUUGGCUCGCUCCUGGUGAUGGUAUCGUGCGGGCUGCCCAUGUGGAAGGUGACGGCUUUCAUCGAAGCCAACAUCGUGGUGGCUCAGACAAUUUGGGACGGCUUGUGGAUGUCGUGUGUGGUUCAGAGUACGGGCCAGAUGCAGUGCAAGGUGCACGACUCCGUCCUCGCCCUCACCCACGACCUGCAGGCGGCAAGGGCGCUCACCAUCAUCUCCUCUGUGAUGGGCGUGCUGGGGCUCAUGGUUGUCAUCGCGGGGGCGCAGUGCACCAACUGCAUCCGCGCUGAAAACGUCAAAGCCCGGGUGGUGAACGCCGGAGGAGUCAUCUACAUCAUCAGCGGUGUGUUCGUGCUGGUGCCUCUGUGCUGGAUGGCCAACAACAUCAUAUCGGAUUUCUACAACCCACAGGUGCCCGCAUCCAAGAAGAGGGAGAUCGGCGCCGCGCUCUACAUCGGCUGGGCGGCUUCAGCGCUGCUGCUGAUCGGAGGAGCGCUUCUGUGCUGCUCCUGUCCCUCCAGCGGGAACUCUGGAUACUCGGUAAAAUACGCACCGACCAAGAGAACCACGCAGAACGGGGACUAUGACAAGAGGAAUUAUGUGUAGCAGCACGGCUCAUUGCAGGCGCUGCGUAAAAAGUGCCGUGCAGCUCUCGAAAAAAAAAAAAAACUUGUUUUUUUUUUUUGGCGGACGUUAUCUUUGCACCUGCAGUUCGUUAUAGAAAUCUGAACUUUGAAAAUCAAUGGAAGCACCUCUGCUGAUUUUACAUUGGCCCUUCAAUACGCCCGGACCACAAAUUCACAAAUCCUUUUUGUAUCUACAGGAGAUUAAACAAAGACUAUCAACUACGAGAGGUAGCUCACGACAAAAAGGAGUAUCUUUGUUAGGUACCUGCUUUUGUAAGUCUUCGAAAUUAUUAGUAUUUUGAAUUGUUUACCGCUGUAACCGCAACGUUUUUCUUUUCUAGAGGAACUCUUACCAUCGAAUAUACACACUGCUCUUUUGCAUUGGCGUGCAUUGUCAGCACAAACUUGUACAGUAACUGAGAAUGAUUGCACUCCCACACAAUAAAAGACCCAUUUCCCUUAGCGGAACUAUGCCGACAUGUUUGAGGACUCCGACAAUGUCCAGUAGAAAAUAGAGAGCGAAGAAGAAAAGUAUGUUAAAGCCCUGAUUAAUCUCCGAGCGGGUUUUUGUAUUGUUCAGAAGAUGAUGGCGGUGACUUUGAAGUUUGCAGUCUAAUUUUGGACCCGUAGAGUCCGGAGAUCCUGAGAUCUGCAGGUCACACAGCGUGAAAUGUUACAGUCCGUUAUUCGGCUGCACUGAGCACCUGCAACGUUUUUUUGUUUUGUUUUUUCAUCAUUGUCACUGCAGGAAGGUUUUUUUUUUCUUUUCAAAAACAUUCUAGGAAUAAACUUUGUGUUCUGCUGGUUUGUUGACAUUUGAUGUAAUGAUUCAUUAUUCGUGUAUAUGAAGAUGCAAUAUUGUUUCAUUUUAUUAUGAUUAAACUGAGUAUAUUGUCUGAAA